AUGGGCCUCAAACUCACUCACCUUUACGCUGCCCCUGAGGUUAACCCCGUUAACCGAAAGGCGCGGGCGAUACCUUUCUUUAACCCUGUUAAUGUUUACGGCCGGGUGUUCUUCUUCUCGUGGUUCGGUUUCAUGAUCGCGUUCUGGGCUUGGUAUACAUUCCCACCAUUGCUCACACAUACUAUCAAAUAUGACCUCAACCUCUCACCGGCUGAGGUAGCCAACAGCAACAUUGUCUCUCUUCUAGCCACCCUCCUCGUCAGGGUCAUCGCCGGCCCAUUAUGCGAUCAAUUCGGUCCCCGCAAAGUCUUUGGCGGCCUUCUCCUCGUCGGCGCCAUUCCCCUCGGCUUGGCCCCUCUAGUGCAAAACAUCAACGGGCUCUACAUCUCCCGCUUCUUCAUCGGCAUUCUCGGCGGCUCUUUUGUCCCCUGCCAAGUCUGGUCAACCGGCUUUUUCGACAAGAACAUCGUCGGCACGGCCAACGCCCUGACCGGCGGCUUCGGCAACGCGGGAGGCGGCAUCACCUACUUCAUCAUGCCCGCCGUCUACGACGCCUUUGUCGCCAGCGGCCGCUCCCCGGGCCAAUCCUGGCGGCUGACGUUCAUCAUCCCUCUUGUCAUGGUCAUCGCAACGGGGGCUGCCCUCCUUCUCCUCUGCCCCGACACCCCCACCGGCAAGUGGGCCGACCGUCACCUCCAAGCAAAGGAGAACCUUCACGCCCACGGCAUCGAUGAGACGAUCGUCGACAUUCCCGGCGCCAUCACCGACCGGUUGCCUUCCACCCCACCAGACAGCAACCACGAGAAGGUUGACCUGAAGAUUGAACGGAAGACUUCAGCCGCGUUUGACCACGAGGCGCAACUUUCAAAGACGGAGAUGAUCCAGACUGCCCAGGGGGAGAUUGUCCAAAAGCCGACACUGAAGGAGGCUCUCCAGGUCGCGCGCUCCCCGCAGACGAUUUUUCACAUCUUGACGUACUCGUGCUCUUUUGGGUCGGAGCUGGCGAUCAAUGCCAUCCUGGCGUCUUAUUACGUCAAGAAUUUUCCUUCGCUCGGGCAGACGGCUGCGUCGAACUAUGCUGCCAUUUUUGGGUUUCUCAAUUUUGUUACGCGCCCUCUUGGGGGUAUUGUGUCUGAUAUUUUGUACAAUUAUUUUGGACGCUCGCUGUGGUUGAAGAAGAUGUGGAUCGUGGUUUGUGGUGCUGUCACUGGGGUGCUGUUAAUCGUGAUUGGGGUUUUGGACCCGAGGGAUCAGGGGGUGAUGUUUGGAUUGGUCGCGGUGAUGGCGGUUUUUUUGGAGGCGGGGAAUGGUGCGAAUUUCAGCUUGGUGCCGCACGUGCAUCCAUUUGCGAAUGGGAUUUUGUCGGGGUUGACGGGGGCGGGUGGGAACUUGGGCGGGGUGGUGUUUGCGGUUGUAUUUAGGUUUAUGGAUGGGGGGAAGGGGUAUGCGAGGGGGUUUUGGGUGAUUGGGGUUGUUAAUCUUGGGAUCGCUUUGGGGGUGAGUUGGAUCAGGCCGCUGCCGAGGGGGCAGGUUGGGGGGCAUUAG